CUCCACUCGAUCUGUUUCCCAGCUAUUUUUAUACUUACUUUGAUACUACUCGCUCAGAAGACAUGACCAAAACUAUCGUUAUCGGCGUUCUGGCUCUGCAGGGAGCCUUCAUUGAGCACAUCCACGCGCUGAACACGCUGCGCGAGGUCGAGCACAUCCGCGAUGUCGUCGAGGUGCGCACCAAGGCUGAGCUGGACAAGGUCGAUGCCCUCAUCAUUCCAGGCGGCGAGUCGACAGCAAUUGCACUCAUUGCGGAGCGCUGCGGCAUCCUCGAUGAUCUGCGCGAGUUUGCUCGCACCAAGCCUACCUGGAAGGGCGGCCAGCAGCUGCUUGACGCCCUGCCAGUGACUGUGUCCCGCAACCAGUUUGGCCGCCAGGUCGAUUCGUUCACGAUCAAGCUGGAUUCGAAGCACAUCGCCGGCGAGCCGUUCAACUAUGUGUUUAUUCGCGCCCCUGCGAUUGUCUCCGUCGAUGAUCCUGAGGUCGAGCCGCUUGUGGAGCUGCCGCCGGGAAUUGGUCAGACCGAGGAGUCGGAGAACGGCCUGCUGGUUGCGGUCAAGUACCGCAGUAUGCUUGGCACCUCGUUCCACCCAGAGCUGACCCACGACAACCGCUGGCACCAGUACUUUGUGCGUAUGGCGCUGAGUCUGAUCUAAAUCCUCUUUUACCGAGCCAUAUUCGCUGACAUCCAAUGAAUAGAAUGAUUUAAAGGCAGUCAAGCCGCG